GCCCGGGAGGGUCUUGCUGACGGGUCCAUCAGGCUGUGCUGCGGACAGCCCGUGACAAGGCCGGGAAGAUGGCGGCCUCCUGGAGGCUAGGCUGUGACCCUCGGGUGCUGCGCUACCUCUUGGCCUUCGGCGGGUGCCGAAGACUAGAGCUGGUGAAGGGCGCUUCCGGGUGGUCUGUCGGGCGCGGAGCUAGUUGGAGAUGGCUUCACAGUACGCAGCGGCUGCGGGCUGAUCCCAUUAAGAUACUGAUGCCGUCGCUCUCUCCUACAAUGGAAGAAGGAAACAUUGUGAAAUGGCUGAAAAAGGAAGGUGAAGCUGUGAGUGCUGGAGAUGCCUUAUGUGAAAUAGAGACUGACAAGGCUGUGGUUACCUUAGAUGCAAGUGAUGAUGGCAUCUUGGCCAAAAUAGUGGUUGAAGAAGGAUCUAAAAAUAUACGACUAGGUUCACUAAUUGGUUUGCUAGUUGAAGAAGGAGAAGAUUGGAAACAUGUUGAAAUCCCCAAAGAUAUAGGUCCUCCAUCACCAGCUUCAAAACCAGCAGUGCCUUGUCCUCCACCCGAACCACAAAUUUCUCCUCCCGUCAAAAAGGAACACACACUGGAAAAACUGCAGUUCCGUUUAAGUCCAGCUGCCCGUAAUAUUCUGGAAAAACAUGCUCUGGAUGCUAGCCAGGGGAUAGCCACUGGCCCUCGGGGGAUAUUCACCAAAGAGGAUGCUCUCAAACUGGUCCAGUUGAAAGAAACGGGCAAGAUUACUGAAUCCAGGCCCACCCCAACCCCUCCAGCCACUCCCACAGUGCCUCCACCCUCACAGGCCACAGCCACGCCACCGCCACCAUAUCCACGGCCAAUGAUCCCACCACUGUCAACUCCUGGACAACCUAAUGCAGCGGGCACAUUCACUGAAAUCCCUGCUAGCAAUAUUCGAAGAGUUAUUGCCAAGAGGUUAACUGAAUCUAAGAGUACUGUACCUCAUUCAUACGCUACUGCUGACUGUGACCUUGGAGCUGUUUUAAAAGCUAGACAAAGUCUGGUCAGAGAUGACAUUAAAGUAUCAGUGAAUGAUUUUAUCAUCAAGGCAGCAGCCAUUACCCUUAAACAAAUGCCAGAUGUUAAUGUAAGCUGGGAUGGAGAGGGCCCAAAGCAGUUGCCCUUUAUUGAUAUUUCAGUGGCUGUGGCAACAGAUAAAGGUUUAAUUACACCAAUCAUAAAAGAUGCUGCUGCUAAGGGUAUACAGGAGAUUGCUGACUCUGUAAAGGUCCUGUCGAAGAAAGCAAGAGAUGGAAAACUGUUACCUGAAGAGUACCAAGGAGGAUCUUUCAGUAUUUCCAACUUGGGCAUGUUUGGCAUCGACGAAUUUACUGCGGUGAUCAACCCUCCUCAGGCCUGCAUUCUGGCUGUUGGGAGAUUCCGACCUGUGCUCAAGCUGGAGCAGGACGAAGAGGGGAAUCCCAGGCUGCAGCAGCACCAGCUUCUAACAGUCACCAUGUCAAGUGACAGCCGAGUGGUGGAUGAUGAAUUGGCUACCAGGUUUCUUGAAAAUUUUAAAGCAAACCUGGAGAAUCCUAUCCGACUGGCCUAGUCCUCCAAGAUACGAAGUUGGUCUUUGGCUUAGUUUAUCGUAUAGCUGUUACCAGAACUUACACUGUAGGAAAACAAAUAGCUGUGUAAGCGUGAAGUGGGUGAAUUGUUUAUUUAUUCAAGGUGAAUGAGUUUGGCCCGAGUUGUCUUCAUUUUCAGUUUGGGUUUAAUGGUGUAGAAAUAAAUAACAAACUGUAACUAAUGAAAGAGAACAUUUGGUUAGAUCUCUUUUUAACCUCCGGUGCUGAACUAAAGUGGAGUUAAACUCAAUGUAAAUUAAAUGUUUGGCUCAUUUGAGCAUUAUAGACUAUUUGAGAAUGUAUGAUAAAUUGUAAAAUUGAAAAAUUGUUAGAACUAAUUAGACAUGAUCUUCUAAGAGAAGCCCAUCGAUUUAAUUAAUGGGACCUCGCUUUUUAUAAACACUGCUGUUACUUGAACAAUUUAAUAUGUACAGUUUAUUCUAGAUAAUAGUAAGGAUCACAUUAUAUUAGGGGUUAUGGCAACAUUAUUGAAUUUUUUAUGUAUAUAAAGCCAUAGGUCUUAGAGUGGUUUUUGUCAGUCUUAUUUUUCACUUCUAUGACACUGUGAACUUCUAAAGAGGAAGAAUUAAAAAGUCAAAAAUAAGAGCAAGAGAGAGAGACCAAAAAAUUUGUUUCAGUAAUAAACUAUAGGUAAAAUAUCUAAAUUUUCUGAAAUAAACUAUUCACCUUCAUAUUAAGUUGCAGUAUAAUAAAUUAUGCUAUUUCAUACCAAACAUUUUAAAUUUUUGUUACUUUAAACACAAAAUGUUGGGGGUUUUUUAGUGCAUUUUAAUCGUUUGUAUUGUGCAAUAAAAUGUGAGAAAAUAUAAAAAUUUCUAUUGGAUUUUAAAUGUUAGGACACAGAAGUUUAGUGAAACCUUCAAGUAGGUUGGUAAUUUGCUUGGAACAAUUUAUAAGAAAUUCUACAGGAAGAGAGAAAGAAUUUAAACUUCAUAUGAAUUAGGAAAACAAUGAACAAGGAAUGUGAAACUUUGAAAGAGAGUGGAAGGGAAAACUUAUGAAGUAGGCAAGAGCUCUCCUUUUUACUCCAUCAACAGUAUGAAAUUUUCACUAAUUAUUGUAAAAAUUAGAAGAGCUUAUUUCUCUCUUUUAACAACUUUGCUACAGUUGGCAAGUUAACUGUACUGAAAUUGGGUGGUAAUUUAAGUAACCAGUCCCAGAAAGGCUUGUGUUGGUAUCUGCUGCCUGCAGUCGCCAGAAAAAAAAGACCCAUGUGGUAUAAAGUGUGUGGUAUGACUUAGGCCUGAAACAAAGAGCUUCUAAAACAAUUAGAGCCCCAGUAUAUCAGCUGUUAAGAAUAUACUUAACUUCAUUAUUCAGUUUCAACAAGCUGUUUUUCCAAAGUAGUCUUCCAAACUUUUGUUACGUUAACAGUUACACUGAAAAUUAUAAACAAGUGCUGUUUUCAAAAUAACUUUUAUACGUUUUAACUGAAAUGUUUUCCUAAUUUUUAAAAAAAUUUUGUUUAUUUUUUAGAGAGUAUGAGCAGGAAGGAGGGGCAGGGGAGAAGGAGAGAAAGAAUCCCAAGCAGACUCCAAGCUGAGCACAGAACCUGACAUGGGGCUUGAUCUCAUGACCCUGAAAUCAUGACCUGAGCCAAAAUCAAGAGUCGGACACUUAACCAACUGAGCCACCCAGGCACCCAGUGUUUUUUCCUAAUUUUUAUAUCUGAGGAACAGAACGCGGGCUAGCCAUAAACAGGCCUUGGCUUGAAGUUGUGUUGUGCAUCAACAGUAGUGCCUCUGUUUUCCUGUCAGUGAAAUGGGUGCUGAUAUCCACCACAGCCUCCCUUAUAAAGUUGCAAACUGCACAGGAGAAAUGACAUGUACAUUUAAGACAUUCUGAUUUUUCAUGGGUUGACCUCUCAGCUUUUGGUACAAAUGGUUUUUGGUUCUGACUAAAAGCAUUUUCUCGAAUAUUUAUACUGAUUAUGUAAGGAAAUUGCCAUAGCACUGAUUUGAGAAAGAGGUAUGGUAAACUGGGCUUGGGUUCCUGCAGAGAGCAAACUAUGCGCUGCGUGGGCAGUCUUCCUUCCCCAUUUUAUUUGUUUAUUUUUAUUUAUUUACAAAUAAAUAAAUAUAGUGUAUAUAUAUAGAUAAUAUUUAUUUGUACUGCUGAUAGUUAUCACACAGAAUAUAAAAAUGAAAUUUUAUGUUUGGUCAUCUUUUUUCUCAUUUAAACAGGGAAAAGGUAAAAUAUUGGGAAGACUUCUAAGGAAAAGGUGACAUAAGUCAAAUGGUUCUGUUUCUCCAAUUGCAAUUUCUAGUUGACAUUUACAGAUAGAUUUUGUGGCAUCAGUAUACUGCUUGCUCAACUUCUUUGUUUGAAACAUAUAUAAGUCUUUUAUAUGGACUGGAAUGGGUACCUUACAAAUGGUGUCAAAUGAAACUUAUUUUUAGGAAUUUUUUUUCUUUUUUGCAUUUUGGACUUAAUUCCCACUGAUUUAUAUAGGCCAGACAUUUGAGAAUUGUGUAAAAAGUAAUCCUAGUUUUCUAACCUUUUAACUGAAAGAUAGGUGGUGCUGUAAGUUAAUGGAUUGUAGUUAGAGUGUGAGAGAAAAAUUAACAUGGCAUUUAAAUCUUCGUGCUCAAGGGAAAUAUGUCCUCAUUACACACUGCCUCACGAUGGACUUUGUCUCAGGUGAUGUGAAGAAUAAGUGAAAGAACCAAGUAUGUUGCAGGUAAGAAUUAACCAUUAAUUUAAAUAUGCCUUAUUAAUGGGAAACUUCUGUUGAUUUUUGAAGAAGGAAAUAAAAGUGCAGAACUACUGUAAGGUUAGUGUGGCCACAAUGUGCAAGGUAGGUCAAAACAGUGCGAGGAUGCAGGCAGCAGGAACCAUCUGGAAGCUUUUGCAUUAAUGAGAGUGUGAGUUGAAUAGAUUCUGCACUAGGUCAGGGGACUUUAAAGAAGGGAGAGAAUGAAGAAUAUUGUACAUGUCAGUUUGCUGUGGUGUAUUAUAAAUGUAUGGGGUAGGUGUGUUUGCUGUAGCAAGAAUGAUGUAAUUUCCCAGGCCAGAACACAGUCCCCCAUGGCCCACAUCACCAGUUGGUAUAUCUCCAUUUAAACUUUUUAUAUAUGGAAAAAACAGUGGUCUUCCAAUAAAAUAAUUUUAAAUAGUUUUGUGGACUUUUACAUUGUAUUUUCUGGUGCUUCCAUUGGUUUCAUCAGAUGGGGAUAGGUGCAGUGUUGGAAGAAAGCUGUGGUUUGUCUAGACUUGUAAUAUUGAAUGAAAUUAUAAGGCAUAAAGAUGUGUUUUGAAAAAUGAUGAUUAGACUCUGUUAGUAGCAGUCUUUUAUUUCUUUGACUGUAUGUAAAGCUUACUUUCACUUUUUAUCACUCAUCUAUAUUUUUUGCAACAAGUUCAAGCUGCCUAUUCUUCCCAGGAAAGCAGAUACUUUAAAACCUCUAACUUAACCCUCUACUACAUAUGACAUAUAUAACUAAAGGAAACCUGGACUUCUUUUAAAAGUUGAGAUAUUAUUCAUAAAAUCAUGAAUAAGUCAUGAUUUGUCUUUACUCACACAUAAAAUUUAUUCUUUCUGAAAUUUCUUGAUUUAUUAAAUUCUUUUAUUAUGAAAGAAUUUUUAUCACUAAAAAUCAAUCUUUUAUUUUUUUAUUUUAUUUUUAAGGUUUUAUGCAUUUAUUUGUCAGAGAGAGAGAGUAUGUGAGCACAAGAAGGGGGAAAAGAAGGCAGAGGGAGAAGUAGGCUCCCCACUGAGCAAAGAGCCCGAUGUGGGACUCAAUCCCAGGACCCAUGACCUGAGCCAAAGGCAGAUGUUUAACCGACUGAGCUACCCAGGCGAUCCCAAAAAGCAGUCUUCUGAAGAGAAGGCUGUUGUGAUCAGGUGAAAUAUUAGUCAUAGCACUUCAUAAAACAUAGAGUACUCUAUAAAUGUAAGUUGUUCAAUGUUGAAUCACAUAAAUUGCCCUUACUCUAUACUUCUUUUCAGUGGCUCAUCCACAGUCUGGUAAAGGAAGGUAUAGGAUAGCACUUGAUACAUUACUCUCCUCAAUAGAGUUACUGGUCUUUAAUUGGUUAUGGCAACAUAAUUUGCUGCCCAAGUUUGCACACUUAAAUCAAGAACAUUUUAGCCUGCUUUCAGCUUUAUCUAUAAAUGACUGCGCUCUUGGUAGAAACUUUGUUUCCUGCCUCAGUAUUGGCUCAGUAUUCUUACCUAGAAAAUGAGAAAUCAGGAGGGAAAAUUAACCAUGGUAGUUGCUGAUCUUGUUUAAUCUUCUCAAUUCUCUAAGGUAAAUAUAUCUGACUUGAGCUUCAUCCUUGCCAGACAGCGCAAUGCAACAGACUCAGGAUGUCAUUUGGCCAGAGGCACACAGCUCGAGUGCCACAACUGGGAUUUGAACCCAGGUCCAUGCAGCACCCAAAUUCAAGCUGGCUGCAGCGCAGGACAGUUUGUAGGGUGUAGUACUGUUGCUGAGACCGUUCCAUAUUAACACAUAGCAUUUUCCACCUGGAGUAACUCCUUGGCCCUAACACUGAUGUGUUUGCUACAUGACCGCUCUAAAAUUCAGUUCACAGUUUUUCUAUAGUAGUUCUCCUGGUGUCUUUCUGGUAAUUGUAUGCACAAAGAGCUGAGGGAAUUUUGUUUUAAUAUGGACAAUGCCUAUUAACCUGAAAUGAUGAACUUAAGUAUUAUAUUCUCUCUCUGAAUGGAAGGCUUAGAAAAAUAGAAACUUAAGAAACUAGGAGCUUAGUUCCUCUGAAGAUAAAAACAUGAUAUAUAGAGCAUUUCACUUUUUAAAAAUUCCUUGGAAUCUAGUCCAAGUUCAAAAGCAAAAGUAGUUACCCAUUUUUCCUCUGGAGGCUCCAGACUUCUGUGUUGACAGCCAUCUCCGUCAGGGUCCAGUCUUGUGUAUCGAUCUUGUCAGUCAGGGACCCCUGGUUGCAGUUCACUGUCGGGCAGAGUCCAUUGGGUUGUCGAGGGCAGAUCUCUCCACAUGUGCCAGGGAAAUAGGAAGUGGCCCUCUGGGGCACAGAUGAGCCUCAGCCACUGGGCUGAUCCACUGAGGGGGUUGGAGCGCCACAGUGGGUGGGAGGCCUGGAGCACAUGGUAUGUAGAUGUUGAGAUGGCCAUGGGGACAUGGUGUUGGGAGGGCCAUUCUGGACAUACAUCAGGGGCAAAGACACCCACUUGUUCCUUAAUGCGUCUUCUGAGAAAGCCUAACGUUGUUCCUGCUGUAAAAGGAGAAACGCUUACAAGAAUUGUAUUUGUUGUUUUAGACCAGGCACUGAAGGGUAAGUUUGAAGCUGAGAGACAAUGAAUUAAUAACUGGCACAAUCAUCCCAACCAGAAAGGCUGGGAAAUAAAAUGCGAUGUCAUUACUUGAAAUCAUACUAAAUAAUAAGACAGCUUAGGCAGGCAUAGCAGUCUAUGUAAGACCUGCUUUGUGGGUAGAAAUUACCUGAAAGAGAGGUAAUAUUGAAAAUAUCAUUGCUUCAUUUCAAAUAAGUUCGCCUAUUUUCUAGGCGAGACAGUUAUUAAAGUGUGAAACAGAAGUAAAGUGUGAAAUUCAGUGUUCAUUCAGUUGCGGUGAGCAUCUGUGCAUCAGCACUCGGGAUUUACAGCUGAUGGCCCUUCCGCUCAAUCAGCUUAAACCAGAUGAAUGAUGGGCAACUCGGUCGCUUCUGUAUUCAAAGUAUGUGCAUAGCGGCUGGGUUGAGAGGUAGACUUUGUAGAGGAGGUAACAUCUGAAGCAGGUUUUUACUGGUUUUAACCCACGUCCUUUUUGCCUCUGACUUCUCUAAUUUCAGUAGCUAAAUAUUUAGCCGCUUUUGUAUGCCUAAUGUAUGGGUGUCAGCAGUCCAUCUUUGUAUGACUCUGACCCAGGUACCUGUACAUAUUGUUCUAGUAAUGUUAACUCCAACAUUGCUUAGAAAGUUAGUUGGAAGGAAAGCUACUCCAUGGGGGCAGUUCAUGAGCAGAGAAAGCUUUACACCCCUUUAUCUACAAGAAGAUGUUUUUGCCAAGGUCAUCAUGCCUAAAGAAAUGUUAGUUUAGGAAUAAGCGCUGUUUAAUUGAAAUGUAUUUUAAUAUUACCUCCAUUCCUUUACCCCUUGCCCAGCCUCUGCUUUUUUGAAGAUGUAUGUGCAGAUGCCUUCUGAUAAUGGAGUAAGUCAUCAGUCAGGACACGUACUUCUUCAGGUAUCUUCAGACUCGCUGUUUCACAUCUCAAAGGGGACCAUCUGUUGAAUUUAUUUUUAGAGAAUCAUGAUCAUCUUUGGGCUCUCCAGCUAGCUGAGCAAAACAAUAGGUGCAAGUGAAUAUCAAGCUUUAUUUCUACCAUUCAGUAUCUUUGAUGCUGAGUAUCAAAUUAGUGGGAUCUGAAGCCAACUUGAUUUGCCCACUAGCACCAUAAGCCUCCUCUCUCCCUCCCCACAAGUUAACUUGAUUCCAUUACUUUAUACAUUAUGCAGUCUGUGGGCAUUUUCGUUUUGGCAGCGAACCAUCUAUUAAUUAGCUGGCAUGUAAUAAGAGUGUAUUUUAUCUCAACCUGUUAAUUAAAUGCUAAUCAGAACUAAGUUUCCAGGUAUUCUCUUAUACUUUUAAUGCUUUGAUAUAACUUCAGAAGAAUGAAAAUAUGUUAAGUUUUAUGGAUCUAUCUGUUCCUGAAAGCAGACUCAAACUCUCCUUUUAAAAAUUUCAAUAUUGGGGACGCCUGGGUAGCUCAGUUGGUUAAGCAGCUGCCUUCAGCUCAGGUCAUGAUCCCAGGGUCCUGGGAUCGAGUCCCACAUCGGGCUCCUUGCUCGGCAGGGAGCCUGCUUCUCCCUCUGCCUCUGCCUGCCUCUCUGUCUGCCUGUGCUCGCUCGCGCUCUCUCCCUCUGUCUCUGAAAAAUAAAUAAAAUCUUUUAAAAAAAAAAAAGAAAAAAAUUUUCAAUAUUGGCCAAUUUUCAGAAGCCAUUAUUCCUUUAUGCAGAAAAUAUAUAAGCCUAUGAAUUGGGCAAAUUGGAAACUCAGUAUUCUUUAGGGAAUAGGGCUUUGGUAUGUGUGUGUCCUUAUUUCCUGAAGGAAUCCUCAUGACUUUGAGAAAUAUUGGGAAGAACAGCUUUGUAAAAUGUUUUAAAAAUGGGAAAACUGAUAAAAGAAACAUAUCAGUAAAACCCAGAGUAUUCUUUUACUUGGGAAAUCCUCUACACGACUUUUAUUUUCCAGGUGGAUAUUUUAAUAAAAUUUUUCUAGUUGCUUACUUAAUACUC